AUGAGAGGAACCAAGAAUUUACAAGGUGGGCGUGCUGGCAAUCGCGCAGCAGCUCGUGGUAGAGGAACAGAAACUCUGCUUCGAGCACACAUGCUAAGAGACGAGAGAAUUUCAUUUUUGGAUGCGGAAACUGAAGGACCGAGUGAGAUCCCUGAGGAGGUGAGAAUUCCAGCUAAUGAGGCAUCAUUGUCUAACAUUGAUGUCCCUGCAGCUCCACCCGAGAAAAAAUGUGGACGAGGACCGGCUAGAAGCACAGAAUUUGAUCGCAAUCACAAAUUUGGCAAAAUAGCAGUAGAAAUUAAGGAUGGCCAAAGAGGAGUAUCAUGUCAGAAUGCGACAAUGUUUUCAACAUGCGUGACCUGGAUUGUGAAAGUUUAUGCAGACAUGCGACAUGCAAGUUGGAGUCGUGUUGAUAAACAGAACAAGGAUGAGCUAACGGAUCGUGUCCGAGCUGAUUUUGUAUUGGAUUGGACCAAAAGCAACCAUCGAGAGACAGUGGCAAUGGCACUUGCUCAAAAUAUAAUGAUUAUCACUACCUACUGCACUGCAAGUACAUGGAGUAUAAUACACAUGAGCUGCAAUUUCUGGAGGGACAAAGUUGGUGGACAAGGCUGUUGUUUGGCAAUGUUUGUGUGA